CGUACCAUUCGAAAUCGCACGUAAGGCCCCGCUGCCCGACUGACCGUCCUCGCUACCUUUACUCCGGCCUGCGCGUUCUUCGGGAACGUUUGUGCCGUUCCUCUUCCGAGCGCGCGCUCCCUCCAGUAAGCUCUCGCACGUCGAUCGACGAGGAUCGAGGAAGAAUAGUAGAAAAGAUACAUUGGUGUGCAAAACGUGUUAUACGAGGAUAAUUGCUCUUUUUUUUAUUUUUUUUUUUUUUCGUUCAAAAACGCAUAAACGUGCUUAAUAAUAAUUAUUCACUGCGUAAAUAAUUUUUUAAUAGCCAAGAGAGUAAUAAUUACGUUGCGUUAUCAAGAAGAAAGAAAGAUUAGGAUAUAGAUCGACGUUAAAAAAAAGAAACGUUCUCUCUUAAAUUCAUUAGGGAACGUUGAAAUUAAUUUGUCGUUUUCAUUUUGUAACACGGACCCGGAUAAAUCGGAUAACAAACGUAGUUUUCGGUGGGAAAGAGAGUUACUUUUUUUUUUUUUUUGGUUAUUAAGAAAAGGGAUCAAGCGAGUUCAGUGAUAUGGCACAGCUGAUAAGCGUCAAACUUUCCCGCUUCGAUGGAUCACCUUGGGGAUUUCGUCUUCAAGGUGGCAAGGAUUUCGGCACUCCAUUGAUCGUACAGAAGGUCAAUGGCGGGUCACCGGCCGAAGCAGCGGGUCUCAGAGCCGGGGAUGCCGUCAUUAAGGUCAACAACACGGAAAUGUACAAUCUGAGGCACAAGGACGCGCAGGAUGUCAUCGUUAGAGCUGGAAACAACUUCGAGAUGACCGUGCAGAGAGGCGGCAGUACUUGGAAACCAAGCGUGACGCCGGUAUCGUCUACGCUUCCAUCACCAACGCCUGCUGUAUCAGCUGGUAACAUUACCCCAGUCACGAAGACGUCCCUGGCUGCAAAGAAACAGGAUGCACCACUUAUCGGAAGUGGACAUAAUUUCAGUCCGAAGCCAUUCCUAAACGGAACGAGCGAGGGUCCAAUAAAGUCUAUCGUAAACAAACAGUACAACAGUCCGGUAGGAAUUUACAGCGAGGAGACCAUCGCGGAGACUCUCUCCGCGCAGGCCGAGGUUCUUGCCGGUGGUGUCCUUGGGGUUAAUUUCAAAAAGAACGAGAAAAACUAUAAUGCGGAAAACAGCGAGGUAUUUAAGAUGGUUCAAGAAGCUGAUAAAGAGCCGAAAACACCCGAGCCAGUUUCUUCAAGGACAGAGUUUUACUCGUCGGUGAGCCACGCGAUCGGCGGAAGGGCCACCUCGCCUAGAUCACCCACGCCUCUAUUUCACGCCCUUGGUGGCGGUGGCGGUGGCGGAGCCAUUACCCCGAAUAACUACGAAUAUCCACGAAUAUCAAACAACGAGGAUCAACGUCGGGACCCGUCGCUCGUCCGUUGCAACAACUGCGACCGAGUGAUCGUAGGUGUCUUCGUUAGAAUCAAGGAAAAAAAUCUUCACGUGGAGUGCUUCAAAUGUUCUACCUGUGGCACUUCUCUGAAGAACGUUGGUUAUUAUAACAUUAAUAACAAAUUGUAUUGCGAUAUUCACGCAAAAUUGGUAGCCAGACAAAAUGCACCUCCUGGUGUGAUACCGGUUACUAUGCCACCAGGCGGCAAAGCACCAGCCAGCACGAUCUCGGCUGCGCUUUCGAGCGUUGGCGCACCUUUAUCGCCGCCGCUAAGCAAUCACGGAUCCUCGCCUUUACCGUUCACCAAUUGCGGCCGUACUAGUCCAGAUUAUGGCUUCGAUCGUCAAUCAAGACGGACCCCGGUCCCGAACAGGAAUGGCUGCAUCAGGAACGGAGAGUGCAACGGGGAAUCGAAAACGUUUACGAGUACUAUCACCAUCCAGACAGGUGGUGGCACCGAGUCCUCUACCACAACCAACAACAACACCACUACCACCAAUCACCUUGGCAGUUCGCCCGUCGAUCCACCCGGUUUACGAUCAGUCCAGGCACCAACGUCGAAUAGUCUAAUCGGGCCUAAGCCUUUCGGUGGAUCGAGUACUCUGUCGAAUCUCUCGUCAUCUCCUAUAGUAAAUUCAGGAAACAGUAUUCUUCCACGCGCGCAGAAUCAGACCGCAACCGAGGUCCACGAAAAGUUCUAUUAUUACGAGACCAAAGAAACCACAACAUCACCUUCGAAUCCAUCGAUCGAAACAGCUAAUAAUCGUCCACCGUCCACCAAUCCAUCGACGAAUCCCAAUUCCGUUAAAUCUAGAAGUCUCGCUUGGCCACCGCCAAAACCGAUCGAGGACAUCACAUAUCCAACCGCCAGUCCUUUGUACAUCGAUCCAAACCCGGCGCUUGAUCGUAGAGAUCGGCACGCGGUGAAGGAUAAACGUGCGAGUAUCGAGGCUUGCGAGAGAGCAUUGAGUAGAAGAAGCGAGAGUACCGAUCGCGAAUACGAACGAACUUCACGAGAGGGUUAUUAUUUCGAUCAAGACGUGAUGGACCGUGUAAGCUGUCCAGGUCCGGUUUAUAAGCGAGUCGAAUUGGUAGAUAGCAGUGGUACCAGACGAGAAUCAAGACGUGAAACUUCGCGAGCUAGCUCGUCCGAAAGCGGUGUCAGAAGAUCGUUGACACCAACGAGAAUUUAUCAGCCUAUACCUAGACCUUGGACAGCAACCGUCUCUUCCGGUGGGAAUCUUUACGAACAGAAUUAUGCCUCUGAGGAGCAACCAAAGGUCUGCAAAAAGUACAUGCAGAGCGAGAUCUGUCAGAGCGAGAAAGUUUGUCAGCGUGGUAUGCAAGAGCAACCUUAUCGCGAAGAACAUCGAGCUUAUCGAGCUGAGAUAUGUCAAACGGAAGAAACAGUAUGUCCGAAACCACCGUUGCCGAGUCAACCGAUCGCUAUACGUCCUGAAACACCGCGAGAAAUCGUCAGAGAAUUUGAUAAGGAAGUCAUGGAUUUGAGAAAAGUAAAAGAGGACACGACCAUAGAUACGGCCGAGACAUGCAAAGUCGGUAUCGAAGGUGAACACGAUCUUAUCACCGAAACGGCCGAGGAGGAUAUCGGCGACAUGCACGUAAAGAAAACUACGACGUACGAGAAAACUGUCGAAGUUUUAUCACCUAGAGAAGGUUCUCCGGAGAUGGAACAAAUCGAGGAAAUAGAAUCUUGCACGCGUAAAAGUACAACGAAGGUCGAGAGACAGGUCGAAGGUACGAGAGAGACAAAAACAGUGGAGGAGUCUGCCGAAGUUGUUUCCUCGGCUGUCGAUGCCACGCAAUUGAUCGAACAGGCUAAGAGAGAUGAAGAAGAAAGAAAGAGAGAAGAAGAGGCGGAAGAAAGAAGGAAGCAAGAAGAACAAGAGAGAAAGAGAAGGAUGGAAGAAGAAAAGAGAAAACGAGAAGAGGAAGAAAGAAAUAAGAAACGCGUUAGUUUCAGAGAGGAGCAUGAGGAGGACGACGAGGAAGUCGUCGAAGUAAUACGAGAAAAACCUCUUGGUAGAACGGUCAUACACGAGGAGAAGGUCACUGAAUCUGAUGGCUCUACUCCAGGUCGCAAAAAGAUCACGAAAGAAACUUACGAGGAGAUUGUGGAGGAAGUACUCGUUCAAGAGCGUAUUAAAAGAAGGGACGUGGAGGAAGAACGUAGAAAAAGUUUGCGAGAACAGGUUGAAGUUCACCAGAGUCUCAGAGAUCAAGGAAGACAUCCGACUGCUCAAGAACGAAGAGUAGCAUCGAAGUAUCAACCGCACGAUAACAUGGAAACUUGCAAAAAACACGUACAAUUCAUGAAACAAACUGAGACAGGCCCUAAACCGAUAUCCGAAGGUCCUGUACAAAAUGCCACACCUAAGGAAUGGAAAUCCGAAAUGGUAAAUGCUUUGACCACUGCAUCGGAUCGUCCCUAUACACCUUUGAGCACGUCUUCCAGCGUGAAAGAACUUUAUACCGAAGAAACGAUUUAUUUGGAUCACAAGAUGAGACCAGUUCCAAAACCGAAGGAACGUCCGAUAUCGCCAUUCCAACGUGCUCUAACGAUAGCUCCAGAUCGUCCUUAUACUCCUCUCAGCCGAGUUAUAGGACCGGAAGAUCAAGAAAUCGGUAGAGCUCAGACACCAGCUGUUCAACCUACACCGAAUGGCAUUUGUCCACCGGCCGAUAUUCUUUACGGCGAAACGUCUUAUCGUCGGGAACAAAUCUGUACGAAGAAGAUAGUACCGCAGCCAUUACCUACACCACCUCCUGAUUAUCGUCUGAGAGAUUCCUCGACCUCACCUUCAAGAUCUCGACCUUGCAGUAGAGCGGACACACCUAGCAGUAAACCCUCGACCGUUGGAUUAAGAAAACCAGAUACUAUUCCAGCUUAUCAAAGGAAUCUCGUAGCCAUGAAGAAGAGCCCUGUUGAGGGACAGUCCUAUAUACCUAGUCGAUCGCCAACGCCAACUCCAAAAAGAAGCAAAUCUCCGGCUCAUGGUCCACCGGAACCUCCGUAUUAUUAUACAAAAGCGCAAGCACCUAAAAUCAGAGACGAUCCUCCCUGGGCUGUUAAAGAAUCGCAUCCUCCACCGUCGAAACAAAGCUCGAUACAUUAUCCCUCGCGUAAGAUCAUUAAUUAUACCGUAGAAGAGGACACGGAUACUGGCCAUAGGAAGCAAGAAUACGUAGGUUCAAAGACGGUACAUUACGACGAACGACAGGCGGAAGAAAAACAACAGGAAUCCGAUUCUGUACACGCUCAAUACCAAGAACGACGAUGCAUGACGAGCGAAGAUACUAGCGAGGAAAAAGAUACCGUUUGUCAUAUUAAAAAGGCACUGCAAGUUGUCGAAGAUUACGAAAGAUGUGAAAAAAAGACUAUGGAGGUUACCCAGCCAUCGUCAGGAAAUAAAGGAGAAUGUUCUAUAAUUCAAACGACUCAUGCAGACGUAACUUUACCCUGCCCAUUAAAGCGUAAACCUGUCGAAGCACCCAAGGUUCAACCGACGUACAGUAGCUCGACCGAGGUACGUCACGUUCGUUAUGAAACACCGACUCCACCUGCGACAAAGUGUCCAGAAACAGGAGUUACCGUCUUACCGUGCAAAGCUCAUUUCGAUCGUGGUACCAAAACCGGCGUGGUGGUCGUGCCCUGCGACGGACAACCAACCUGUCCGAAGUCUGGCGUUUGCGUGACGCCAACUUCCGAUCGAUCCGGGGUUUGCGUAUCGCCGUGCUUCGGUCUUAAACCUGGUUACUGUGGCCAACCAUCUGGUUACUGCGGUGGAGAAUCAGGAGGAUGCGAUUUUGACAUCCCCAACUGUCCAGAAUCUGGCGUCUGCGUCGCACCAUGUCCGGAUGGGUCCGUCUGCGUGGCACCUUGCAAGAAAUCUGACGGACAGUGUCUUCGCAAGAGCCAAAGCCGAGGAAAUCUUCCCUAUCCACAAAUCCCAUUGCCCUACGAGGAAAGGUCUUGCUCACAAACCACCCAACGUUCCUUCGAGCCAAUCCACAAGCCAAAAACUAAUCUCAGCGGUCAGCUUGCGCGACUAACAGCUAAAAAUCGUGAUAUUCCCACUGUGCAGCUUUACAAACCACAACCACAACAAUGCCAACAAUCUGGCAGCCAAUGUGAAAACCAAUGUCAAACCAAAAAAAGCUAUCAUUGCGAGACCAAAAGCUUCUAUCAGUCCCAAAGCCAUUGUCAAACCGGAAGUCAUUGUCAGUCUCAGACUAGCUGCCAGGACCAGUUCCAUUGCCCCUCUAGUAAGACCCAAAAUUUAGUAGACCCACCAAAAAUGUCAUCCCACCCGGAUCUAGGUACCGGAGGCCUCGGUGGUUCCGGCUCGAAAAGCGGAUCGUUUGCUGGUAGCAGUGCACCCAAACGUGGAAGGGGUAUUCUCACUCAGGCUGGUGGACCAGGUUCCCGUGUACCACUCUGUGCUCAUUGCAACUCCUACGUCAGAGGACCAUUUAUUACCGCAUUGGGACAGAUUUGGUGUCCCGAUCACUUCGUAUGCGUGAACACUCAAUGUCGUCGUCCAUUACAAGACAUUGGAUUCGUCGAGGAAAAAGGACAACUUUAUUGCGAGUAUUGUUUCGAAAAAUUCAUUGCACCUUCUUGCAACAAAUGCAACAACAAAAUCAAAGGCGACUGUUUAAAUGCAAUUGGAAAGCACUUCCAUCCUGAAUGCUUCAACUGCUCGUAUUGUGGUAAACUUUUCGGUAAUAGUCCAUUCUUCUUGGAAGAAGGUCUACCCUAUUGCGAAGCUGAUUGGAACGAACUAUUCACGACAAAAUGCUUUGCCUGUGGAUUCCCAGUGGAGGCUGGAGACCGUUGGGUAGAGGCCCUCAAUAAUAAUUAUCACAGUCAGUGCUUCAAUUGUACGAUGUGCAAGAAGAAUCUCGAGGGUCAAAGUUUCUACGCGAAGGGUGGCCGUCCAUUCUGCAAAAAUCACGCGCGUUAGAAUUCCGCAUUCGAUGAUAAAACGUGCGACAAGAAAGAAGAGGAAAAGAAGAGAGGGACGAAAAGCAAAGAGAUUUUUGAAAACGAUGAAAAGUCCUUUCUUCGCGAGUUAAAAACUCUUUUUGAACGUGAAACUCCCUUUGUCAUUGAAUUCCGUUCAUCCAUCUUCUUUUUCUUCUUCUUUCUUUCCUUCUUUCUCUUUUCCAUAUCGAGCUGAAAUCAUUCGACUAACCGAUCGUUGCCAGAGCUAUGAACACGUCGGACUAACGAUACUCUUACGAAUUACAUUCUAUUUUUCAUCCUUUUUUCUCUAACAACGACGUUUCGCCUUUCGAAUUAACAAUUUUACUGGACUGACUAUUUGAGAUAAAUCGAAAGGAAAGGAUUCGUUUAAUCCGUACGAGUUCGUGGCUCCAUCGCGUAACCGCUUACAAGCGUUCCGUGUGUCGCAAAAGAAAAUAGAUAUAUAUAUAUAUAUAUAUAUACAUAUAUAUACAUAUUCCUACAUAUUAUAUACCAAAAAAAAAUAGAAAAAAAAAUAGUGAAAGAGUUGGCUAACAAGAGUCAAGUUAAAACAAAAAAAAAAAGAAAAAAAAAGGAUAGAGACAUUCGAGACGCAUUGCCGCACGUGGCCGGAAUAAAAGCAUCGUUUUAUAUAUUAACAAGGCAAGGACAAGGAUAAUAAUAAUUAAUGGGGGACUUUUACUCGGGACGGACCGUGCUCGAAUACCUCGUAAAAUUCAGUGCAGAGAAUUCUGCGGCGAUACGGACACGAUCGCGAAUCUCUUUGUCGGAUCACGCAAAGGUCAAGCGAGCAAUUAGCGAUUAACGAAGAAGGAUCAUUGCCAUAUUUCUCGUUGGUGCUCAAGGUGUAUUCGAGGAUGCACUUUGAACGAUGAACGAAAAUACCCUGUUAAAAUGUCGGACCUAUCGCGAGAUUCGAUCGAGAGAGAAACGGAAAAGGGAGAAUGUGUGAAAACGAGAGAGAGAGAGUGUGUAUGUGAGAGAAAAAGAGAUAGAUAGAGAAAGAGAGAGAGAGAGAGAGAGAGAGAGAGAGAAAGGAUGAGUGGAAGAGAGCACGAAUGAAAGAACAAAAGAAAUAGAAAUCUAGACGAUUUCGAAAAAAGCUCUAAUCCGAUCACGUGCGUAGCGUCCGUUUAGUAGUACAAUUAUCCUUGAAAAUAAUCUAUAAGCGAUUCGAAACGUUUCGUAGCUUCACUCGCUAAGCUUUCUCGUUUACAUAUAUAUAUAUAUGAAUUUAACGAUUCGAGGAAAGAGUAUUUGAGAUGCGGAAAUAUGUGCAGAAAGAUGAUUUUGUUUUUUGUUUUUCGUUUUUUUUUUUUCUUUUUUUUUGUUAAUGUACUAGUCAAACGUUGAAGAAUCGAAGGGGACAAAAAUGCUUACAUCGAGAAAGUAAAAGAAAUGUAGAGACGGUAAAAAAAUUUCUUCGAUCGACGACGAGCGUGCCUUCUCACUUACGAUUCGAUCAUGAUUCUUAUGCACGUGGAUCAUGAAUCAACGAUUAUAUCGCACUGAAAUAAUAUUUCUUAGCUUUAUUAAAUCGAAUGAAAACGAAUGUUGUAAUCAUAUAAACCUCUAUAGUGCAUACGAAAUUCCCUGUGAGUCGAGCAAACCGAUCGAAAUAUCGAUCGAUUUUCUCCUCGAAUUGAGAAAACAUAAAAGAAAAAUCGAGAGGGACAACUCGACAAGGGCGAAAGCAGCACACAUAUAUCACGAUAAUCUUAAAUACGAGGUUACCGAUUUUUCUGUGCCAUCUGCACGAGUUCAUAUUAAAAAGUAUAAAGUAAAAAAAAAAAAAAAAUAUAUAUA